AUGGCAAAUCUGGCAAUUUAUAAUUUAAUUGUCUACAAUUUGUUGCAAAUUAAUUUAAGAAAUGUGGUCAUAUUUCAUUGCUGGCAGCUGCCAGUUCUUUUUCCACUGGCACAACUUUUCUCGCGAAACUUAAUCUUUUCGCAAUUCAUCAGCCUCAAUCAAUCCAACGAGUCCUUAGCUAACUUUUCUAAAGAUUAUUUGGACAGUGAAUUAACAAAACUUGGCGUAUUUUUGGACCUGAGCUGUGAGCAGAGUCCCUUUAUAACUAAUCAGUCAAGUCGAGCGCAGCUUUACACGCAUCGCUAUCAUUGGCUACUCUAUGAUGAGGCUGGAAAUAUGAACCGAUUUAUGGAACUUUUUGAAAGAGCUAAUCUGAGCAUCAAUGCGGAUGUGAACUAUGUGCAGCGACAGCCAGUCGAAAGCUUCGACCCUGGCAGCCUCUUUAUACUCUAUGAUGUCUACAACAAGGGCAGCCAGUUGGGUGGUCAGCUUAAUAUAACCAUAGAUCUGAACAUCUACUGCAAUCAGACGGAAUGUGAGCUCGUGCAAUAUCUAAGUGAGCUGCACAAGAGAUCGAGGCUGCAGCAGCGCACUGAUCUAAGUGGAAUUACCUUCAGACAGGUUGCAUUGGUCACUAUCAUACCUCUGAGCUCAGGAGAGGAAAAGCUUCUUGCCUUUUUGAAUAGUGAAGAGGACUACCAUUUAGAUUGGACGUCGCGUGUGGGCUACCGCCAAAAUGUACACUUGCAGGAGCUGUUGAGGUUUAAUGUACGUUACAUUUGGCGAAAUCAGUGGAGCCUUGGUGAAACGAAGGGUGGUGCCUUGGGCGAAGUGACCUCUGCAAAUGCAGACUUGUCAACAACGGCGUUUGUUCUCUCUCCUGAACGCCUGCGCCACGUCUUUCCGACCGCAGAAGUUAGCCAGUUUCGCUCGAUUUGCAUCUUUCGAACUCCCCACAAUGCUGGCAUCAAAGCAGGCGUUUUCCUGGAGCCUUUUAAGCUUAGCGUUUGGCUAGUCUUUGGCGCUGUGCUGAUGUUUUCCGGCGUACUGUUGUGGCUGACAUUUCGUUUAGAGCAUCGUUGGAUGCGGCAUUGUCUGCAGUACUAUGUACCCUCGCUUUUGAGCAGCUGCUUGAUAAGCUUUGGAGCUGCCUGUAUUCAGGGCUCUCAUUUAAUACCCCGCUCCACGGGUGGACGUCUGGCUUUUAUAGCAGUUAUGUUUACCUCGUUUCUAAUGUACAACUAUUACACAUCCAUUGUGGUCUCUAGCUUACUUGGCUCGCCUGUGCGUUCCAAUAUUAAAACCAUACAACAGCUGGCCGAUAGUUCCUUGGAUGUGGGCUUCGAAACAAUACCUUUUACCAGGGUAUAUUUAAAUAGCUCACCGCGCUCCGAUAUACGCGAUCUGGUUAAGCACAAGGUGGAAGGACGCAAUCCCAGCAACAUCUGGUUGUCCGCCAGGGAGGGUGUACUCAGAGCACGCGAUCAGCCUGGCUUUGUGUUCGUCUCAGAAGCUUCAUUUCUCUACACAUUUAUUGAGAAGUAUUACUUGCCCCAUGAGAUAUGUGAACUAAAUGAAAUCAUGUUUCGGCCGGAGAGCGCCGUUUACACAGUCAUACACAUAAACUCCACGUACAAGGAGCUCUUGAAGCUAAUCCAAUUACGAAUGAUGGAGACGGGCAUUACGCAGAAGCAUAAAUUUUUCUAUACCAAAACCAAGCUGCACUGUUAUGCCAACAAUUAUGUCAUCAAUGUCGGCAUGGAGUACGCCGCCCCACUCUUUAUAGCCCUGUUGCUAUCAUAUUUUGCAUCGAUAUUUAUUUUAAUACUGGAACUAGCCUGGGCUCACUUGGGCAGGCGGCACCUGCGGCAUUUUGUUACGGGGGAGUAG